AUGGCGGCCUCGCAGCUGGCGGCCCUGGAAGGCGUGGAGUCGGGGGCUGAGGCGCUGCCCCUGACCGAGGCCAGCCCGGGCUUCCUGUACUCCGAGGGCCAGCGGCUGGCGCUGGAAGCCCUGCUGGGCGGCGGGGCGGAGGCGUUCCAGGCCUGUGUGCAGCGCGAGGGGCUCCGGCCCUUCCUGAGCGGGGACGAGAUCCAGGGCUUGGCAGAGGCCGCCCAGGACUGCGCAGGAGCCGAGCCAGAGCCCAGCGGGCCGGCGGGAGGAGCCGCCGCCUCCGAUGGGGACGCGGGCACCCUGACCUACUGGCCCGGGCAGUCUGAGGAGCCCGUGCCCCCGCUGCGGCUGGGCUGGCCGGAGGACGCGGCCUGGAAGGGCAUCACCCGGGCGCAGCUGUACACCCAACCGCCCGGCGACGGCCAGCCGUCGCUCAAGGAGCUGGUGCGCCGGGAAAUCCAGGCUGCACACAAGCUGGUGGCCGUGGUCAUGGACGUCUUCACAGACCCGGACCUGCUCCUGGACCUGGUGGACGCCGCCACGCGCCGCUGGGUCCCCGUCUACCUGCUCCUUGACCGCCAGCAGCUGCCUGCCUUCCUGGAGCUGGCCCAGAAGCUGGGGGUGAACCCCUGGGGCACGGAGAACCUGGACGUGCGUGCCGUUCGGGGCUGCAGUUUCCAGAGCCGCUGGCAACGGCAGGUGUGCGGCUGCGUGCGGGAGAAGUUCGUGUUGCUGGAUGGACACAGGGUCCUCUCUGGAUCCUACAGCUUCACCUGGAGCGACGCCCGCCUGCACCGCGGCCUGGUGACCCUGCUGACCGGAGAGAUCGCCGACGCCUUCAGCCAUGAGUUCCGGACGCUGUACGCCACCUCCCGGCCGCUCCCGCCCGCGCCCAGCCCGGGCUCCUUGGCUAGUGACCUGGGGGUCCUGCCGGCGGCCCGCAGCCCGCACCGGGUGGCGCACCGGCGCUCCAUGGCCCCCGCGUCACCGCCGCCGCCCGAGGGCCCGCUGGCCCGCCGCCUGGCCGCCUGCCGCGUCUUCGCGGGGGACAGGACGGAGGCCCCCGCGCCGCCUCCAGGGCCCGCGCUCAGCGACAUCCUGAGGAGCGUGCAGCGGGCGCGAGCGGCCAGCGGCCCCCCGACCCGGCCCAGCCGCUCGCUGUGGGACCUGAGCCGGCUGUCCCAGCUGUCGGGGUCCAGCGACGGCGACAACGAGACCAAGAAGUCCUGGGGCUCCAAGGACACCCCGGCCAGGGCCCUGAUGCGGCAGCGGGGUGAGGCUGAUGUCCGCCCGCUGGCCUGGUCCCAGCCCUGGGGCGGCCCCCUGCCCCUGCUCCCUGGCCGCCGCCUCCGCUACCUGUCCCCACCGCAGAGGAGGUUUGGGGAGGAGGCCGCGCCCAGGCUGCUGGAACCCAGGGGUGUGCGGCAGCCAGACUGGGCCUCUCGGACAGGACGUGGGGGGUGGCCCUGA